UUUGUUCUUUUAAUUCUCUAGUUAAAUUUUUAUUUUUGCUUGAUGAGGAAUUUGAAACUGAUUUCUCCAAUUUGUGUUUAAGAAUUACUUGCAUACACGUUGAAUUAAAUCUACUCAUGAAUAAAUUCCAUCAAAAGGAUUUCUUUUUCAAUUAUUGAUCCAAUCAAUGACCCUAAAGAGCAUAUCUUUGAGGUCAGAUGAUCCAAUAAGGGGCAUUUUAUAAUUGGAGUUCGUGGUGGAAUUCAAUGAUUGAUAUAUUCCCCAACAAGCUAAUUGACCAAUAAUAUAAAUGAAUAAAUGUGUUGUUAUUUUCAGCCGUUUACACAAUAUUCUUUCUUGUUUGUAAAUGAUAUUCCCAGGCUGUGAAAACUCUUGCGAAAAAUCCCAUGUUUGCCAAGGAUCCAAGACAACUUCAGUUUGAAGCAGACGUAAAUCGGUUGUUUCUUUAUACCAGACUUAAACGUCCAGCUACAAUCGUUUGGGAAGGAAUGCUGAAGAGGCAGAUGCAGAGGAGAUUAUUAAUAUGGCUAAUAAAGCCUCUGUUGCUGAUCAACAGAAGCAAGUCCAAGAAAACAUCCAUUCUCAAAUUAAAGGUUUUUGCAUGUCUAUGGAUGAAAUUCUUCUUCCUGAUAUUGAGAACAUAGAUGAGGCACUCAAAUUACCUCCACCAUCAGAUGCUGCUUCUCGUCGUAGUGGCCUUAGUUUUGCUGUUGGCAGGAACGACCAACCUACUAACCAUCCUGUUGUACCUGAAACAAGACCAUUAAAACGAGCUGAACUCUCCGAGAGAUUAAAGGACCUCACUGGCUACAAGCUUGAUAUCAAACCAUCUCAAAUACAACACCAGGAAGCCGGCCUAGGUUUAUUUUUAGAUGGCGAAGCUGAUGUGGGUGAAGUGGUAGCCUUUUACCCUGGUGUAAUAUACUCCCCAGCUUACUACCGUUACAUUCCCGGAUACCCAAGAGUCGAUGCACAGAAUCCAUAUCUGAUCACAAGGUAUGAUGCAAGUGUGAUCAAUGCCCAAACCUGGGGUUUUGGAGGCGAAACCCGUGAAGUUUGGGAUGGCCGAAGCAUGGCAGAAUUCAAGCCUGAUAUUAAAGGUGUUGAGAAAGGUUCAGAGCGAUUCUGGAAACUGCUCAAUAGUCCUUUGGAAGGCACGCAGGUGGGAACGAGGGGCGGCGAUGUGUUGGAGCGAAGAAACCCAUUAGCUCUUGCUCAUUUUGCUAACCACCCGGCAAAGGGUAUGGUCCCAAAUGUCAUGAUUUGCCCUUAUGAUUUCCCAUUGACCGAGAAGGACAUGAGAGUCUAUAUUCCAAAUAUAUUGUUUGGAAAUGCUGAAGAAGUAAAGAUGAAAAGAUUUGGCAGCUUUUGGUUCAAAUUAGGGGGUUCAGGAAAUGGUGGAUCAGAUUCCCCAGUUCUGAAGACUCUUGUUCUGGUGGCAACAAGGGCACUUUGUAAUGAAGAACUUCUCCUAAACUACAGGUUGAGCAACUCAAAACGACGGCCAGCGUGGUAUACUCCCGUGGACGAAGAGGAGGAUCGAAGAAGAUGGAGCUAAGGUUGGCCUUAAGCCCUAACUGCAUUGGAUUCCUUCUUAACCUGGGUGUACUUUUUUCAUGGUUAUUGUACUGUUCACUUCAAUUGAUUUGCAGUUGCAAUUGCAAACCUCUCGGCAUUUUUGAUAUUCACUUUCUCUAUUUUCACUAUUCUCAAAAAAGAGAGAGAAUAAGAUUUUUUUUCUAUUAUUAAUUUAA